AUGAAAUCCGCGGUGGUUGUUCGGCUCUUCCUGAUGCUGCCCUGGCUGCUCGUUAUCCUGGUCGUGGUGGAUAUCGAGCCAGGGAGACUCUCUGUCCGGAGCCCUAUAGCCCCAGACCAGCUGAGCAGGACUCUUAAACCAGACUCCCUCUCCAACCAGUCCAUCCCCACUAUCUAUGCCAUUACGCCGACCUACAGCAGACCGGUGCAGAAAGCUGAGCUGACCAGACUGGCCAAUACUUUCCGCCAGCUGCCCCAUUUCCACUGGAUACUGGUGGAGGACUCCGCUUUCCGCAGCCGCUUGGUCACCGAGCUGCUAGCCCACUCGGGAGUACUGUCCUACACUCAACUCCAUGUACCAACCCCCCGGAGGUACAAGCGCCCAGGGCUGCCCCGAGCCACCGAGCAAAGGAACGAAGGACUGAGCUGGGUCCGCCGCAACAGGUCCCUCCGCAACUCCGGGGUCAUCUUCUUUGCGGAUGAUGAUAACACCUAUAGCCUCGAACUGUUCCAGGAGAUGCGACGGACCCAUAAAGUGUCUGUGUGGCCGGUUGGAUUGGUUGGUGGACGACGUUAUGAGCGCCCAAUAGUGAAAGAAGGGCAUGUUGUCGGCUGGUACACAGGUUGGAGACCAGACAGACCCUUCGCCAUUGACAUGGCAGGAUUUGCCGUGAAUCUGAAAGUUAUUCUAUCACAUCCUGAAGCUGUGUUCAAGCGGGGUGGAUCACAGCCAGGAAUGCAGGAAUCAGACUUUCUGAAACAGAUUACAACAGUCCAAGAACUUGAACCAAAAGCUGCUAACUGCACCAAGGUGCUUGUUUGGCACACACGGACCGAGAAGGCAAACCUUGUAUAUGAACCCAAGCACAACCAGGAUGUAAUUCAUAUUGAAGUCUAG